AUGGCCACCGCCAUGGUCGGUCGACCAACGCAAUUCCAAGAUCGGGGCUUCCUCCUCGGCCUCAAUCUCAAGAAAGAGGGCGCAUUGAAGAAAUCAGCCAAGAUCAAGGGCCUGAAGGAGGAAUCAUCUAAGCAGAAGAACGAAGACAGCACGGUCGCCGCCCCGAAAACACCACUCUAUCCUCGAUUUCGAGACACUACAGCAGAGCCCCUCGCCGAGGAACAGGAUGACCCUAUAGACUCCAUUUUUUGUAAGCAUUGUAAGAAGACCAUCUUGAAGCGCACAGCCAAAGAUCAUAUCUCUGGCUGUCUCAGGUCGAAACAAGAGAAGGCUAGAAAGAAGAAGGAAGCCCGAGAAGCUGCUCAGCGUGCCAAAGAAAGAGCCGAGCGCGCUGACGAUGAGGAGGACGAGGACGAAGACGUCAAGGACGGGAAACGAGGCAAGCUGGGCGCGGAAGAUGCCAAGGGCAAGAAGCGCAAGGCCGAGGAUGACGACGCCAAACCUAACAAGAAGAAGAAGAAGGACGACCAGAAGCCCAAAGGUGCUAAACCAAAGGGUCCUGUCGAUGUAGAACGGCAGUGCGGUGUUAAUCUACCCAAUGGUCAGCAGUGCGCUCGCAGUCUUACUUGCAAAAGUCAUAGUAUGGGUGCGAAGCGUGCCGUUCCUGGCAGAAGUCUGCCUUAUGAUAUGCUGCUUGCAGCCUACCAGAAGAAGAAUCAAGCACGACAACAGAAGGCUGCCAUCGACGCUACUGCUGCUGCUCUCUACGAUGAUGACCUCGAUAACACCACCGGUCCUGUUGACUCGGACGAAGAGCGAGACGCCGUCAUGACUUCUAUUCAGAGGAGCAUGGCUCGACCUCAACCUAUUGCCACGAGAACCCUCUUCCCGACUCGUCGGAAAUACCAGCUUGUUCGUAUGAAAGAGAUGCUUUCUAAUGCUCUGAGUGGUAACAGAGGUGGAGGUCUUUUCGCUGUUCCCGCAGACGCUGCACGCAAUGCUUACCCAAACUCCGCUAUCAACGAGACCUUUGCCAUCCCCUCCGCCACUCCACUCACAGCAGGAGGCUCUCAACCAUUCAGACCUCCACAACGAGAUUCUAUUGACGUUAGGUGA